UGUAUGUAACCAAUUAACAUAUUAAUUGUCUGUUGUUUUGAAUUUGUUUAACAAACUAACUUUGACGAACAGUUUUGAAAAUGGAGGCAGUGUGGGGGUUGCUCAUUGGGGUUGCUGAAAGGGAGAGGCGCUGUCCAGGGCUGAUUUCAGCACGGAGAUCAGGACCAUGGCUAACAGACGCUGUUCUAAACGUUCGAAGUGUUUACACGCCUAACUGUAUUUAUGAUAUGAUUCGUUUUUUAAAAUGAAACUAAUAACAUAAACAUUAUUUCUAAAUUGUUCAAGAUUAUACCAUUUAUUUUUGUAUUGUUCGGAGUUUGCGCUUCCGCAAAACUAGUUUUCCGAGUUAAAUUUUGAGGGCCUUGCUGGACAGCGACAUUCUCUGCCUCUGUCGUAGCAAGCUUACAAAGCGAUAUGUGGAAUACUAUUGUUGAUAAAAAGUUUGUUUUUAGCAAAAAUUGAUUCAUUUGUUAACGAUAUGAAAUACUGCAACUUUCCACUUGUAUUGUUGAGGUCUAGUGGAUAGGCUAUAACUCAGAAGUUGUAUUUUUAGUCAUCGUAUUCUGUUUAGAUUAUUUUGAUACCAGCAUGUUAUACAAAGUAUGUCUACUCUACACAGUUUUGUGCUUAUAAAGUAAAUAUAUGUAAAAUGUGUUUAAGUAUUUAGUAAAUAUGACCAUUUAGGCCUAUAUAUUUUGUUUGGCAUGGAGAUCAAACAACCCAGUGCACAAUUGUAUUUUUUGUAUUUCCAGUUCUUAUUUUCUCUUCAUACUAGUUAGAAUGUAGGACAUGAUACUGUAGUUGUUGGGCGCUGUCGACGAAGUUGGUGGUGCUGUUUCAAAAUGGCCGAACACAAAUUUCUGUGCAUGCAAACACAGACCUAGGAGACUGGAUUUGACCAAAGCACUGUGUCAAAGUAAAAGUAUGCCCACAAUGAAGUUAUGAAACAUACAUUUUGAAGUGGUGGUAUAUUCUUGGUCGUUUUGUGUUACAUUUUUAUAUAGAUGAUUUUUCUUUUUUCUUUAUUACAUUUAAUAAAGAUAAAUAUAAUUUCUUACAAAUGAAGAAUACAUACAACAUUGUAAUCGGUUAUAUAGUCACAUACCGGUACAUCGCAUCGAUAUGAACAGCAUGAAGACAAGGAAUCAAUGUGAUGGUGUACUGUAAUUGUGUUGGUUUAGCAUACUUUCUUUAUCCUGACACUUGUAUUGAUGACAUUUGUGAUUUCUUUCUUGGAUGCACCAUUCCCGGAUUAUCAUAAAAACAUCCUGCUCUAUAAAUUCCAAAUAACUGAUUCAGAGAAGGUACGGUGACAUGGUUGGUAGUUGCUUGGACAACUUGCAAGCCAUAUCAUUUUAAUGAGUUGGGACCAAGUGUAUGUAACUUGAGUUGUCUGGUCUUUUGAAGGCCUGUUAAAACUCAUACUCUCUUUGACUACUACUACUACUAGCAUUUUAGUUCUGAAAAUGAAAACAUAUCUUAAUUGAAGUUUUUUGAUCCAUGACCUCCGGUUCUGCUCUCAUCACCCACAGCAACAGCCCUGUCAGCAUGGCUUCUCAGACGGUGUAUCCAAUGGGAUUGGUCAUGUUCUCCACCUCAGUUGGCAUGCCCAUGGCGGAGGAUGCCCAGGGGUUGGCUGAGCUUCCACACAACGAGCUGCCGGCGCCGCAGCUGGUCAUGCUCGCCAACGUAGCAUGUGAAAACCCAGCAGAAGGGAAGGAGAUGAUGGAGCUUCAAACCGUCGGCAGCUACUCCGAUAGUGAAGACGAGAACAUCAUCCGAUACAGUUACGAUAGCCACGAGAGAGAGAUGUGUAUCGUAGAAUACCCAGAGUCUCCACGGGCUGCCCUUUCCCAGGUUGAGGCGAUAGAUGAGGAGGAAGAAGGGAUUGACCUGUCCAAACCCUCUGACCAGCGCCCUUUUAGCCCUUCCACCCCUUCUACACCUCUGGGCAUGAUCAUGGAGUCAGCUAAGAAGAAGAAACCUUUCUUCUGUAAACCCUGCAACUACCAGGCCCAGUGCGAGGAGGAGUUUGUAACCCACAUCCAAAUCCACAGCGCCAAUAGGAUGAUCGCAGUGAAACGCAUGGUGGGGGACAAGGCACGGGAGAAAGAGACGUCGGCGGGACCAGAUCAAGAGGCGCAGAGUGGUGAUGGUGGGGCCAACAACAAAGGGCUGAUCCGCUGUGAGCGCUGCGGCUACAACACCAACCGCUACGACCAUUACAUGGCUCACCUUAAGCACCACGAGAAGGAGGGCGAUGACCAGAGGGUCUACAAAUGCACCAUCUGCACGUAUACGACCGUCAGCCAGUACCACUGGAAAAAGCACCUCAGGAACCAUUUCCCCAGUAAGCUCUUCACCUGCAACCAGUGCAGCUAUUUCUCGGACCGUAAGAACAACUACGUGCAGCAUAUCCGCACUCACACAGGGGAGCGUCCUUUUCGAUGUCCGUACUGUGAGUACUCAAGCUCCCAGAAGACCCAUCUUACCAGGCAUAUGAGAACACACUCGGGUGAAAGGCCUUUCAAAUGUGACCGCUGCAACUAUCUGGCUGCCAAUCAGCAUGAGGUGACACGCCAUUCCAGACAGGUUCACAAUGGACCCAAGCCCCUAUGCUGCCCCCACUGCCAAUACAAGACGGCUGACCGCAGCAACUACAAAAAGCAUGUGGAGCUCCACCUCAACCCGCGUCAGUUCCUUUGCCCUGUCUGCAAGUAUGCCGCUUCCAAGAAGUGUAACCUACAAUAUCACAUCAAGUCUCGACACCCUGGCUGCCCACAGAUCGCAAUGGAUGUGUCAAAGGUCAAACUGCGUGUCAAGAAACCUGAUUCUGAUGAAUUCACAGAUGAGUACAACAUGGUGAAUGGAACAGCAAAGUUUGAGCUGUCAGCAAUUGAUGGUGAUGAGGAGGAGGGACCAGAGAUCUCUGGAGCUGAUAAACAAUCAAGCCCUAUCAAUCUCUCGACCAAGAGCAGCAAACCUAGCCCUGUUCAAGCACUAGAAAGCAUGGAAACGGACAAGACCCCCAAGAAAUGUGACAACUCUCCUGUCAAAGAGACCAAGAAGAGCAGCAAAACUAGCCCUGUUCAAGCAGUAGAAAGCAUGGAAACAGAGAAGACCCCCAAGAAAUGUGACAACUCUCCUGUCAAAGAGACCAAGAAGAGCAGCAAAACUAGCCCUGUUCAAGCAGUAGAAAGCAUGGCAAUGGACAAGACCCCCAAGAAAUGUGACAUCUCCUCUGUCAAAGAGAUACCUAAAAAGGCAAAGGACAAGGCAGAGAAAAAGGUAACACUGAAACGCAAGAGUAUAGAGAUGAACUGUGAGAAUACAAAGCAGAAUGUUACCCUGAAGGAGAGUGGGAAGGAGACAGCAGUUGUGGUUGAAAUAGCAGGCAAUAAAGUUAAGAGAAGUCUCAAAAAACAGAUGACUGGGAAAACAAGUGUUCAGGAUAAGACCGAAAUAAAGGAAAAAGUUCAAAAGGCGGGUUUGGAAGAGGACAGUAUUGAGAAAGACAAAUCAGUCAAGGAGAGGUUAGAGAAAGACAUGCUAGAGAGGGAGAAUAUGGAGAAAGCGAAGGAGGAAAACAAGACGCUGGAGGAGGAGAAAAAAGAGCAGCUGAAGACACUGAAGAAUGAGAAAGAAGGAAAAGAGAACAAAAACGCAAUAAAAUCUCAGAAGAGUACUUCCAAAAAAAUUGAGAAAGUGGUUGAAAAGACUGUUGAAAACACUCCCCAAAGUCUGGAAGCACCAGUGAAAAAACAAAAAGAGAAGAGCAAGACGAAGCCAGUGAAGAGAAAAACUACAGAGGCCUUGGACUUAUCAAUGAAGGAAUCUCCUGAUGAGUCCUGCACCAACAUUAAGGCCAAACGGUUAAAAACCAAGACUGCUGACAAGUCACAAACAAAAGCCAGUACCCCCCGACGCAAAACUACUGAGCCUUGCACAGCAUCCGAGCAGAAGGACCCAGUAGACCAGAUGAUGUACUCGCCUGUAGUGAAGAAGCUGAAAAGGAGCAACAAGAAAAAAGCAAGCCCUGGAGAGACCGAGGCUUCCAGUGAGAACAAGGUGUGUUCCAUCAUUGAGAACCCCUUUAGCCCCCCUGAAAGCAAAACAUGUCCUGCCACAGAGCUUCAGCCAACAGUUGUACAGGAAGAGCAGCAGGCAUCUGACCAGGAGACUGUCCCUGCCCUGGAUACAUCUACUGGGCAGAACCCAGCAGAAGAACGGCCCAGUAAUGGGGAAAACAACCUUGCACGGCAAAAUGUAUCCCCAACCAAGGACACAACCCCACGGGCUGAGCAGGCUGAGGUCGCCGACAAAGCAGAGGAAACUCCUACUCCUGAAGGCUUCAGCAGCGCCGACGAGUCCCCAUCUCCCAUAGAAAGUGACGUCUCUCGCGAUUUUAGAAGGGCACAGGGAGAACCAUCAACACCCUCCCUGGAGCUCCCUAGGCCAAGUGGAAAGCCUACUGAAACCGAGGAGGACGAGGGCAUCCACAGCCAUGACGGAGGAAGCGAGAUCAGUGACAGCGCCUCGGAGGGCAGUGACGAUUCAGGGCUCAACGGGCUGGCGGCAGCCGCCGGUAAACUGGCCAAUGACCCUGAAACUCCCACAGAAGAGAUUCCGACUCCAACUGAACUCAAGAGUCACAUGUGCGUCUUCUGUGACCGUAGCUUCCUCUUGGAGGCGGAGUUCCGUCGGCACCUGAAUCGGCACCUGGUGAAUGUGUAUUAUCUUUGACAAUGCUUCCAAGCCGGACAAGUGAGUGCCUGCAGAGCAGGGAGCUUUGAUUCCAGCGGUGUAUUUUGCUUGACCCUUUCCCCCUGUUAUAAAACAUUUGUAUAGUUGUCUGUGUCAACAUAUUAACAGUAGAUAUUCAGUUACCUUGCAUUAGUGCUCACGGUUACUGCUGUAUAAAAUAUGAACAUUCUAUGGUAUGCCUAAAACUAUCUGACCGUCUUUGUAAUACCAGCUUUAGGCAGACUAGUUUAUUUGAUAAUUGGUGUCUGGGCUUUCACGUAUUGGUUCCCAGACCGUUUGACUAUAAAUUCUACAGUUCUUGUUUUCAAACAGAAAUCAUAGAGGAUAUGUGAGUUUAUACCAUGUGAGGUCGAAAACCUAAUGUUCAUGGUUUGGCAUUUGGCUGAGAAAUUCAGAAAAUAUGGGAUACAAUUUUUUUUUGCUUGUUAUUCUCGUAUGGUUAUGCAACUAACUAAAAGCGAACCAUUCUGUAAUAGCGUUGUAUAAACAAGUAACUGCCAAAGUAAAGGUGUUGGGCUACCACAAGCUGCCAUAACAGCUUCAAUGCGUUUUGGCAUAGAUUCUACAACUGCCUGGAACUCUAUUGGAGGGAUGCGACGCCAUUCUUCCACGAGAAAUUCCAUCAUUUGGUGUUUUCUUGAUGGUGGUGAAAAAUGCUCUCUCAGAUACCAUUCCACAAUCUCCCAUAAGUGUUUAAUUGGGUUGAGAUCUGGUGACUGAGACAAAAACACUUUAAACCCCCUAUGCUGCUUUGAUACCCCUCUUUAAAAUCACUAAGAUCUCUUCUUCGAGCCAUGGUAGCCAAAAUAAGGGGAAACUGGGCAUUUUUAUACAUGGCCCUGACCCUAAACAUGAUGGCAUGUAGAUUGCUUAAUUAACUCAGGAAUCACAAUUGUGUGGAAGCACCUGCUUUUAAUAUACUUUGUAUCUCAUUUACUCGAGUGUUUCCUUUAUUUUGGCAGUUACCUGGAUUUUCCAUAGUGGUUGAUAUUCAAGAAAUCGCUACACCUUUUUUUUUAGUUCACAAACCGGUUGAGUUUUCGACAGAAGAACCCACCAAGAGAUGAGUUGUACCCGUUGUUUUAAUCCAUCAGCCCGUUGAAGAACAACCGUAAAUCAAUUAUGAAAGGAAGUGUUACACUUUUUCAAUGAAGAACCAAAGAAACCCUAGGGAGACAAGAUUAGAAGGACCCAGGUGGUCCAUGCCAAAUAACCCAGAGAAUAAUGGCGCUCUCACUCCUAUUGUGCGAGUCCACUCCAGUGAAGCGACCUGUCUCCGAAAUGGGGACAAGGACUGCAUGUUCAAAGUCCACCAUUUAGGGAGUACUUGACAACUACUUUGAUUUCUUUAUUUUAUUGAUAACAUCAAUAGAUAUUAAAAAAUAAAAAACAUUGUAUACAUCUUAUCAAUCUGUACAAUGGACUAACUAAUCUCUUCAUCACAAAAACUUUAUAGGUGUUAAUUGCCAUGACUCAUGACUCUUAGUCGAAUUUAUGAAAUGGGGCGAGGUUUCUUUGGGUUCAUCUGGCACAAGUGUGUAUAGAAUUGUUUCUUGCGUUAAUGUUUGAAUUAUGUUGUCACUUUUUGUAUAUCCAAGUACAUUUAGUCAUACAAAAAGAAAACUCGUACUACUCAUUAACAAAUGCACAACUAAUAUGGGAGGUAGGGUGUUACUGGCCCUUGAAAUGUAUAGGCCUAUAGAACUUAAGAUCAGGAUGAACAGGAUACUAUGUUGCUAUCACUGAUAGAGAAUGGACCGCUAACAUUGAAAACAAGUUGUGAAAUGGAUGUUUGUGCACACAUCUGAAACUUUGCCAUUAUCAGUUUUGUGUUUGAUUUCAGAAAAUGUCCAAAGAUGAUUUUUUUUUACCGUUGAGCCUGUGAAGAUACCGGUAGUUCUACAUUUUUUUUUUUUGCCUUCGACAAUCAUUAUUUUCUGAUUUUGUUUUGAUGUUUUUGCAUAUUAACAGUGUAGCUUUGUUAAUUGAGUCACAUUUUCCUACAGUAAGAGGUCUGAUUACAAUGAUAUUGUUGUUAUACUGUCUAACUUUAUAACCAUUCCUUGGAAGUUUAGUUGUAACUGUUUGAUUACUCUGCAGAUCGAACCCAUCAACUUGAUUUCUGCGGUUAUCACCCCACUCAUGUUUUACAGAAUUGUGCCUCCAAAGCUUAGCCUGUUUGUGCCAUCAGUGAUAUGCUUCUUUCAUCUGCAUCUAGUUGUGUUCAAUUGAGGUGAUUGGUAGACUUAGCUAAUAAAAAUGCAAUGUGUACUCUUAGUAAAUUCAGUGCAAUAUUGUGUUUUGGGUAUGAUGCCAAAGUGAGAAGGUAUAGAAAUUUAAAGACUUAUGUUUUGAGUUUGACUAUUGGAAGGCAUAGAAUAGUACCAGGGUUCCCUGGAAAACUGGUCGAAUUUAGCCCGAUGCACUCUUAUCUAGACGGUUAGAUUCCGUGUCACUGUAAAUUAUCUAUUUUUUUUUGUUCACUUCCUGUAUUGUUUUUUAGUUGAUAGGAAAAGUUGUUCAUUCUUUGUAACCAUUUUUCAUUCACAUAUUGUGUAAUCAUAUGUACCGUAAAACUUCCAAUUAAAUGCAGUCUCAAAUAGCCGCCUGUCCCUUUUAAUAUUUACGAGGUUACCAUGGACACAGCUCUGAUAUUCCCAGUCAUGUGCAUUUAAACAUUUUAGAAUUCUGUCAUUGUUAGCCAUGAUGCCACCAAAAAUAAAACACGAUACAAAAUUCAUGGUGCUGAAGCACGAAAUCAGGGGUGUAUGAUAGGCAGCCUUCGCAAGUCUGAUCUGCGAUGGAUUUGUUAUGUUUAUACUGGUCGCAAACAGUGUGGAUAUCUUUUCAACAUUUUAUUGAGCAAAAGCUGUGUGUAUUAGGGAAAUAGAAGCCUGGCUUUAAUAAGCGGCGGUUGUGUUCAGUGAAUUUUAAAAAAUUAACGCCCGGGAUAUUGAAGUUUUAGCCUAUACCCGUCAUUUACUGUUUUCAGUUAGUGAAGAAAUUUACUAUUUUUCAAUUCAAUAAAUGCCAACAAACUUUAACACCUUCACCAAAGUGGGGAGUUAUUGGACAUUGUCCCCAAGACUUUGAAAACAAUUGGCUGUUUAAAACCUUUUUGUGUAUUUAAAACAAACAUCCUGUACCAUUUUCUGCUCUACAUUUCUAAAUUAAAAGUUGUUGGUGCGUGA